UCACGGUUCGUGAAUACAACGCUUGGUACUUACUGUUAGACAGUCAGUGACAGGCAGCCUGUUUAGCGCAACCACCAUCAUGUUUUCAUUCGGUUCCGCCUGCUGAUCAGCUGACGUCUGUCACGUGGUAGACUGAGCUGCGUUCACGCGCCUUUUGGAAAAACGAUUUUCAUUACCUCCAAUGACUUCUCAGUGUGCGCGUACAACGUUAGUAGAUGGAAAUGCGGCGCUGUAAAAAGAAUCUGUCGUUAUCUGUGUCUUGUCGUGAAAACAACUGUUAACAACUAUCGCCUCGAUUAUUCAAUAGAGAAUUUAAGUGAUGUUGGCCCCCACGCCGAACUCUAUUUCAAAAUCUACCAAUUUAGUGUGCCCUUGAUCUUUGGCAACUUAGCGUGAACCAAAUGUAAAUGUGUGAAGUGUUACUUUCCAAUAUGUAUACGAGGAAUCAGUUGGAUGCCGAAUGUAAUAAAAAAGGCCCAGUAAUCCAUACUGUAUAUGUAGCUCGCAUUUAACUACGCAUGUACUAUUGAUACUGUAGAAAUCUUAAAAUCUAACAAAUCGUCACUUGAGUUCUGUGGAACGUCGCCAGACCCACGGGAAAGGGGAAUAACGACGCACAGGGCGAUUGUAUUUCACAUCCUGCUUUUUGUUGCAGCGGGGUGGUUGUUGCUUGCGAGGUCCCCAGCUCUUGUCACUGUGCUCUGUAGGAAGUAACAGUGAUGUGACCGAAGUCGACACUAGUGCCGCCGCUGUUACUUCUCUCGAAUACGGGCAGCGGCGUAUGAAAAUAAACCGCAGGAUGAGGACACUGUGAAAGUCCAGCGUGGAGCGCAGAGGAGCAGGAGGCCACCGAGGCGAUGGAGCGGCUGCACUGGGUGCGGCAUCGUUGUCGGCAGCUGCUGGAGGGAAACUCGGGGAGAGGCUGGUACUCUGCCGCCGAUGGCCUGCCCAACAAAAGCUCCCUGGACGCCCACAGCUCUCCACAGAGAGUCAGUGGGAAGCGGAGAACAGUGUUUGCCCGCCAUGGACCCCACCAACAGGAGUAUGAAGCAGUCUCCAAAAGCUACCAGGGCAAUGCCAUCCGCACUACCAAGUACAGCUUGUUGACCUUCAUCCCCAUGAACCUGUUCCAGCAGUUCCACAGGUCUGCCAACCUCUACUUCCUGUUCCUGGUGUUACUGAACUGGGUGCCAGUUGUUGAAGCUUUUCAAAAGGAAAUUGCCAUGAUUCCUCUGCUGGUGGUUCUCGUUGUUAUCGCCGUCAAAGAUGCCCUGGAAGACUACAGACGCUACUUGUUCGACAAGAAGGUCAACAACAACGUAGUGCGAGUGUUCUCUGGCAAGCAGAAAGCCUACAUUGACCAGCGCUGGAAGGAUGUGCGAGUUGGAGACUUUGUGCGUCUGUCCUGUAAUGAAAUCAUCCCAGCUGACAUGCUGCUGCUGUAUUCCUCUGAUCCGCGUGGGGUUUGUUACAUUGAGACCGCCAACCUGGACGGAGAGACCAACCUGAAACAAAGACAGGUGGUUUCAGACCUCCCAUUGCAGGGGGUGGAGUUCUCCCUCGAGAGCUUCCACUGUCGUGUUGAGUGUGAGAACCCCAACAAUGACCUCGGCCGGUUCAGAGGUUACGUGGAGCACCCCGGCGGGCUUCGCGUUGGCCUCCAUAACAACAACCUCCUGUUGAGGAGCUGCACCGUCCGCAACACUGAGACGGUGGUGGGCAUGGUGGUCUAUGCUGGUCAUGAGACUAAAGCCAUGAUGAACAACAGCGGGCCGAGGUACAAGCGCAGCCAGCUGGAAAAGCAUCUGAACACAGACAUCCUGUGGUGUGUGCUCCUGCUCAUCAUCAUGUGUCUGACGGCUGCUAUAGGUCACGGCGUCUGGCUGAACAACCUCAAAGACCCUCUCUUUCAGGUUGAUACGGAGACGUCUCCAGCCCUGGCUGGAUUCUACGUCUUCUGGACGAUGAUCAUUGUGCUGCAGGUGCUGAUCCCCAUUUCUUUGUACGUGUCCAUUGAGAUUGUGAAACUGGGCCAGAUCUACUUCAUCCACAAUGACUUGGCCCUGUACAACAAGCAGCUGGACUCCAGGAUUCAGUGUCGGGCCCUCAACAUCACCGAGGACCUGGGUCAGAUCCAGUACCUGUUCUCUGAUAAGACGGGAACUCUGACAGAGAACAAGAUGGUGUUCCGCCGCUGCAGUAUCUAUGGCGUGGAAUACCCUCAUGAGGAAAACGCUCGGAGGCUGGAGGUGUACGAGGCGGAGAAGAGCGAGGAGGCGGGCCGCUCUGUAACUCUGAAGUCGGGCUGCAGCGGCAAAUCCCUGAGCUGUCGCUCUCUCAGCUGCCAACGCAGCUCCGUGUCCCUGCACACACUCGCUGCUGAGACAGAUGAGGAGGAGGAGGAGGAGGAGGAGGAACUGUCCAAUCCCAUCCACCCAAGGACCAACGCUUUCUGCAGCCGUGUGGCGAAGGAGGUGGUACCUGACCCCGAGCUGGUGAGGAAGUUGAACUGGUUCUGCUGUCCGGAGCUGGCUCUGAGCGACGGCUCCUCUGGGACUCCGUCCAGCCUGGAGCUCACCUACAUCACCGACUUCUUCCUGGCUCUGGCCAUCUGUAACAGCGUGGUGGUGUCCUCGCCCAGCCAGCCCCGCCACGUGGUGCCUGAAGCACGAACGCCUCUCAAGUCCCUGGAGGAUUUCAAGCUGAUGUUCCAGCGCUUGAGCUUCUCUCCGUUCACAGCCCUCUCCACGCUGUCCCCUCCCCAGAUGAAAGGCAGCCCUGUCAGCUUCACCCGGAGGCUGUUCGCCCGGGGGAAGGCCGGCUCCUUCACACCCACUAACAGCACUACAGACGGGUCAGACCCGGGCCAAGAAAGCAACCUGGAGCCCCCCGACCCGAGGCGUAAACUGGACUUGUCCUCCCGAGCUGAAGGAGGCGAUGCCGGACGGACGGAGCACAGGGACACAGAGGCUGAGGAUGCAAAGACAAACCCAGACGGGGCCAGGCAGGAUGCGGAGGGUGAUCCGAUUAGAGAAGUGGACCGCGAGAGCGACACUAACGAGGAACUGCUGUACGAGGCGGAGAGUCCAGACGAGGCGGCUCUGGUCCACGCCGCCCAGGCGUACCGCUGCACCCUGCGGGGACGCUCGGCAGAGGGCCUGCUGGUAGAUCUGCCGGGAAUCGGCUCUCUGGCGGUCCAGCUGCUCCACAUCCUGCCCUUUGACUCCAACAGGAAGAAGAUGUCAGUGGUGGUGCGCCACCCGCUCACGGGACACGUGGUGGUUUACACCAAGGGAGCCGACUCUGUCAUCAUGGACCUGGCUGAGACGCCCAAAGGUGCAGAGCAGGCUCAGGAGAUCUACAGUCACAUCAGAGAACAAACCCAAAUUCAUUUAGACGGCUAUGCCAGAGAAGGCCUCCGCACACUCUGCAUCGCUAAAAAGGUUGUGGGAGAGGAGGAGUACGAGGCGUGGCUGAAGGGACAGCUGCUGGCGGAGAGCAGCAUCGAGAACCGAGAGGAGCUGCUGCUGGAGUCCGCUCAGAGACUGGAGACCAACCUCACGCUGCUGGGCACCACUGGUAUUGUGGACCGACUGCAGGAGGAGGUCCCAGAGACCAUCGAAGCCCUUCAGAGGGCCGGGAUCAAAGUCUGGAUCCUCACUGGAGACAAAAAGGAGACGGCCAUCAACAUCGCCUACGCCUGCAGACUCCUUUGUCCCAACGACCAACUGCUGACAGCCAGCUGUGGAAGCAAGGAUGCGUGUGCAGUUCUACUUGAGGAGCUCAAAGUGGAAGUGCAGCGCGGUGAAGCCAGUUUGACUGAGCCGACCGCAGCAGGGAAUCAUGGGGAGUCGUCCUCGGGCGGCAUGGCAGGCUUCGUUCUGGUUAUAGACGGACGGACGCUGGAAUGGGCCCUGCAGGAAGAGCUAAAGAGCCACUUCCUGGAGCUGAGCCAAGGGUGCAAGGCAGUCAUCUGCUGCAGGUCCACUCCGCUGCAGAAGAGCCAGGUGGUCCGGCUGGUCCGGGACCAGCUGGGCGUCAUGACCCUGGCCGUGGGUGAUGGAGCCAAUGAUGUGAGCAUGAUUCAGGUGGCUGACGUGGGCAUCGGGAUAUCUGGUCAGGAGGGCAUGCAGGCUGUGAUGUCCAGUGACUUUGCCAUCUCCAGGUUUAAACACCUCAGUAAGCUGCUGCUGGUCCACGGCCACUUGUGCUACUCUCGUCUUGCAAACAUGAUCCUCUAUUUCAUCUACAAGAAUGUGAUGUAUGUGAAUCUGCUGUUCUGGUAUCAGUUCUUCUGCGGUUUCUCGGGGGGCGUCAUGACCAACGCCUGGGUGCUCAUCCUCUUCAACCUGCUCUUCACCUCCGUUCCUCCUCUGAUCUACGGCGUGCUGGAUCAGCACAUGCCUGCAGACACUCUGAUGGAGCUGCCGGAGCUCUACCAGGCUGUGCAGACCUCCAAGGUCUAUGUCCCCUACGUGUUCUGGAUCACAGUCCUGGAUGCGUUUUACCAAAGCCUCGUCUGCUUCUUCGUGCCUUACUUUGCAUUGGCAGGAUCCAGCGUUGAUGUGUUGUCUUUUGGCUCUCCGAUCAACGCCUCAGCUCUCCUCAUCAUCCUGCUGCACCAAGUCAUCGAGAGUCACACUCUGACGUGGAUUCACGCGCUGGUGUUGGUGCUCAGUGGCGCUUCCUACUUUGGCUUCGUGCUGCUCUUCGGUGUGUUCUGUGUGACCUGCAGCCCCCCCACCAACCCCGUGGGGGUGGAAACACUCGAGAUGUCCCAGCCUCUUUUUUACAUCCUAUGUGCUCUCACUACUGUGACAGCUCUGUUACCCAGGCUGUUGUUUCGAGCCCUGUGCAACACGUUACGCCCCGCUGCUGCUCUGACAUCAGCUCAGACGGACAAAGUGGAUUCCGAGAGGUACCGCAAGAAAAUGCAGCGCUGGAACCUGAGCCACUCCAAAGCCAACAGGCUGCCGGUGUGUGCGGACAACCCCGGCCUGGAGCCCGGCACUGACACAGUGGUGUCCUGACCUACACACACACACACACACAGAGACACAGACAGACAGACAGACAGACAGAGCGCUGCAUACCAGAAGCAGACAGACUCUUACCAGUGUAUGACCUGCCCAGGUAAAAAAAAAUAAGAAACAUGUCGGAUUCAAGUGCACAUAACUGACUGAAUGGAUUCUCAGGUGCAAUCAAAGGCUUUGUAUGGAUGAAGUUCUGCUGAAGCUCGUUGCGUUGUAUGUCAACUACAAUUCUAAUCCUAAAGAAAAGUGGACAUGUUCUACGUAUGUGUAAUAACUCACCAAGCGUUUAUGAGAACAGAAGCUGUGAAACACGUCCAUCAUGUCAAAUAUGUACAGACGAUAAUAUUUUUCAAAGGAGCCAUAUGUAUCAUUCGACAAGAAUAAAUCGUCGUGUCAUUAAUCUUUUGUCAUCCGUGAUGAAGGAAUAACAUACAUUUGUGCUACAGUUAACAUUGUGAGCCGCCAGACUGGAUGCAGCAGUACGCAUCUGUUGAGUCGAUCAGUAUCGAGGCUACAUUCACACUGCGGGGGGGGGAGCAAGAUUGUAUUUCCUCAGGCUCAUGAACCAUUAGUACAUAUCGCUACAAAAGGUUAUGCACUGUAAUUCGGAUGUAGAUUGUAAAGACCGCUCGCUAACCUUAACUGUCAUGUGACCAGUCGUCACCUGACAGGCUGACAGGCUGACGGUCGCCUAUUUGGUAGGAUAUCAUAUUUUAUUUAUUUAUAUUUUACGUUUUAUAAAUUCAAAAAUCCUGCCCCUACUUCACAAUAUCAUAUUAUUACAAAAUCAUAAAGAUAUGCAAUCAUACGAAUUGUUGUGCAUAACUUAUUGUACGAUAUGAUACGAACCUGUUCAUGAGAAGGCGUUGAUUUCUUAUAUAUGACAUAGAGUUUGUGCGAUGUUCAUCGUCGUCCCACGCUGUUUGACACAGAGGUGAUGUAAUGGGUCAAAUCGCAGUUUACUUUCACAUGAGCACAAGCGUCACAGUUGUAUUAUGUUAUUAAUAUUAUUUUUAUAUGGGUCACGAACAAUUGAGAAAAAAAAUUUAGCAUCAAAGCUGUAACGGGUGUUGGUUGAUAGGUGAUAGGUAGUGAUGGCCAAAUGAAGCUUCAUGAACUAUUUCAUUUAUUUUUCGCUCUUUGUUUAAAGCAAAAGACUCAAGUAAUGGCAAUUCAGUGUGCUUUCAGCCCUUUGUUGAACAGAGAGCGCCAUCUAGCAGGCUCAGAAAAUGGUUCAUGAACUUCAUGACGCGUCAUUUGGCCGUCACUAGUGAUAGGAAAACACUGAAAUGAUAUCCUACUGGCUGACGUGUAUACAAACACUACUGAUAGAACAUUAGCAUCCCAUUGGAGUGAUGUUUGUGUCCACCUGAUGAAUGGAAGUAUCAUUGUAGCUCUGCUUUGGUCUCCACCAACUUGUGAGAAAAAUAUAAUUCUGAUGAUUUUCAGGUUCGUCAUAGAAAACCGGAGCACACCUGUUCAAUCUGAAGUAGUCUUUAUCGACGACGUUUCUUUUCCGGGAUUGCUUCAGUGGCGUCGGAAAUUCCGCCGGAUGUCCCUCACCUUCCGCUUUCUUUUUGUUGCAGGGUAAAUCCAGACAGCUAGCUAGAUCUGUCCAGUCUGAGUUUUCUGUUGCACGACUAAAACAACUUUUGAACGUACACAUGUUCCACCAAAACCAAGUUCCUUCCCGAGGCUGUUUUGCAGAGGCACCGUGGCUCCGUCCGGCGCUUAGCACCGCUCAUGACGAUUGUGAUUGGUUUAAAGAAUGGCCAAUGAACCAGAGAACAUUUUUCUACCAUCCCAGAAUGCUGUGUGGACUAGCCAGACCCUCCUCCGCAGCGUUGUGGAGGAAGGUCUGGUAAUGUGAGACUAAAUAUGAAGUGACUGUUCUGCCUCUAUGCACAUUUGCACCUCUUUAUAUUAGUGAACUACGUCACAUGACUUACCUGCAAGCCUUUCGACAAGAGCCUUAAAAGCUAAAGUGCCGGCAGCAGCAGCAGCCACUGAUGAGGAUUUGUAUAUUGUAUAAUUAGUCCGUUUUUUAUUGGAUGUUUGAUACAUACUUCCAAUGUCUGUUUGAGACUUUGCAAUAAACAAAUAGUUGUUCAGA